UGCACUGAUUACAUCAGGUGUGCAGUUCACCUGUGAGCAAUGAUUGCCAUGAAUGUCAUGGUGCACUUAAGUAGGAGAUGGUUCAAACCAUAGAUACAAAUAACUAUAAACACAACAUUUAUAUUGCCCAUUGUAAAAACUGGCAUUUUACCACCAAGUGUAAUGGCACUAAACAGUGAGGGAAGCAGAAAGAGAAGAACAGAGAUCAGUGUGAUGGAGAUACCUAAAAGAAUCCGUUACCCAAUCAAAAAAACAAAGGUCAGUGAGCCAGCCACUGCCCUACAAAAUGAAGAACGAGAAGGACUUUAUGUUCUUGUAACAUUUGAAGAUGGAUAUACUGCAAGAAUUUGUAAGACCUGCGACAUACUUACAGAAAAGGAGUUGCCAAUUACUAGCUUUGAGGGACUCAUUCCAGGAGCUCGAGUUCUUGCAAGAUGGUCAGACAACAAAUUUUAUAAUGCCACUGUAGAUCACAUUGGGUUCUGUGACCAAAAGCAGGACCCGAGAAAGGGUGCAAAGAAGGACAUAAAAAAAAUUAUGCAUCUGCUGAAUCAUUUUAUAACCAGAAUCGGGUCGCUUCUGCACCAGCUGAACAUGGUCCUUCCUCUGCACUAACCCAGCCUCCGUCUCCAGGAUUGCCACCAACCCAACAUCAAUCUGUGCAAUUACCAUGCCCUGUUAAGCCUUUUAAUCCACAGACCAUGACACCAUCUGAGUAUUGUAAUCAAGACCAGCCAGGUUUAUUAGAUUUAGAUGAACAUCAAAGACAAACCAUGACACAUAACUUAACCGCAAAAGAAACAUUUUUGGGGCUUCUGUAUAACCCGUCUAUACCUCACCCCUCAGCUGAAGUUACAAUUCAGGAUGACCAGCUUGGGUUAGAGCCUGAGGAGGAAUAUGAAGAACCCCCAGUCAGAUCACAGAACACAUCCUAUGAAAAUAAACAAUGGGAGCCAUGUGAAACAUGCAAGCUGGAGGUACAGGCAUUACUUAAAGAGAAUAAGAUGAUGAAAGAUGUGCUGUCCAGCAUGAAUCUUGAACACCUACAGGCACUCAGAGACUUUAUAGAUAAGAUGGAAGACUACAAAUCACGUGAAAGUGGAGUGCUGAUGCCUCAAACCAGACCUGGCCAACAAGAACUUUACCCAGACAGUGGGCUGCUCUUGUCCUCUACCAAACUAGCAGCUAUUCACCAAGAGUCAAAGAAGGACUGUCUUCGUCUUUUCCAUCUUCUGUUUGAUCAGUUCUUCACUCAUGAAGAAUGUUCAAACUCUGUAGCGUUUGGAAAGCAUGGCAAAGUCCCAGAGGGCAAGACAAUUUUGGAGAAAAGUAAAGUAAAUGGAAUACUAACUUAUGUCAUGAGCUGCGGCAAAUGUCAUGGAUGGAAACCAGUUGAAAAGUCAAAGCUGAAGAAAGCCCUUAUAAACAAGUGUCGCAUGAGAUCAACUUAAAUGUGUAUGUAAUUGUAGUGUUACAUCAAUGAUGUUGUGUCAUUUACUGGUCUUUUAUUUAGCUGUUUCUGUAUUUAAGUAUCUAUAUGUAGCUGUGCUGCAGUGUAGUCUAGAUUUUUUUUUUUUUUUUUUUUUUUUUUUUUUUUUUUUUUUUUUUUUUUUUUUUUUUUUUUUGAAAUGCUGCUUAUAAAGUGUAAAAAGAAACUGUAUAUAUAUAUAUAUUUUAGUUUGAUAUUGUAGCAAAUUUGUUUCUCUACGAUUAAAAUCUGUGUCUUUACAGAGAUUGCAAAGUAUGAACAUAGCUCAUGUGCAGUAUCUAACACUAUUUAAUUUCUGUAAUUUUUUUUAUUUUAAGUGCCUUGUAAAAGAUUUCCAUAUUGUAUUUUCUUGCCAUUGUAUUAAGCAUGUAAAAUGAAACUUAAAACCUACAUGAGUAAAGAAAAUGUUAACCUCAUACUGAGCACAGUAAAAGCAGCCUAACGUCUGAGCAAUAAAACUUUCUGCAAGACACUAAAGAGCUCUCCCAUCUUCAUUUUAAUACAGUCUCAUGGAUGUCUUGUCUUCUCCAAAUUUACUUUAGUCUCAUUUAUGUCUAUUUGUAUGUUCCCUGGGCAAUUUUAUGAGUAAAAUGUGAAGUCAAAUGUGAAACCUAAAGUGGACACAUAUGAGAAUCACAACCAUAAAUGCUGAGCUUAGUAAGAGCAAUCUCUGAGUGAAAACACUUUCUCUAAUGAGUCUUGAAAGAGAUUACAGCAAGACAAUAAAGAGAGUUUUAGAAAAAAAAUCUGAGACACUGUUGAUACUACAACAAGAGCUAAAUAAGAAUCUCAAUUAAGUCUCAGAUAUU